AUGUAGGAAUCCCGGAAGUUUAUAAUUAUUAUAAAGCAUUAAAUGUCCCAAGUUAUCAUUGUUUUACAGAUCCAGAUGGCGAAUCUUUAUUUAUGGAAGGAGAUUAUGAUGCCGAAAGGUAUUCAAAGUUAAAUAUUUAUAUAAAAAAAUGUAAUACAGAAAGAUAAGGUAAAUGCAAAACAAAUGACGAAAUAGAAUAAAAGCUUUAAUUUUCAUUUUUUUCUGCUUUUUUUCCUGAUAAAGUAAUUGAUCCAACAAAUCUUGAUAAUCCUUUUUAAAUAAAAGGUAAAGACAUAUUUACUAUCAUAUCAACAAAAUAGAGCAAAUACAUAAAUCUUUAUUUCACCAACUCCUAUGUAUAGACUGAUACAGGGCCUUUUUAUGAAAUUUUAGAUAUUAAAAGAAAUUUUGUAUUUGCGUAAAUGA